UUUCACAGUAUGAAGCUUCAGAGAAAGUAAUACUUUCAUUAGACACACAGUCUAAUAGUGAUUGUCCUCAAGGAAAAUACAGCUUAAUCCCAUCAAGACCCCAGGACAGGAUAAGAUCAAAGAUGCUGCCUACAAUAGUAACAGGAUGGGAAAGGAUAGAGUUUCGUUCUAUGACCGUUGCAUUGGUUGUUCUCUGUUUGUCCUUCCUGGUGAUUCUCAAUAAGAAGAAGGGUAAGCUUCCACCAGGUCCCAGAGCCAUUCCUUUACUGGGCAACCUUCAUCAACUGGACACCACAGACUUGGUCAAGUCACUAAAGGAGCUGAGCAACAAAUAUGGCCCAGUCUUCACUAUCUACCUUGGUCAGAAGCCCCACGUUGUCCUUUAUGGCUACCAAGCAGUUAAGGAAGCUUUGGUGGAACAAGCUGAUAAUUUCAGUGGCAGAGGGGAUUUCCAUGUAGUUCAAAAAUUCACUAAAGGCAAUGGUAUUGCAUUUUCAAAUGGCGAGAAGUGGAAGAUUCUCAGGCGUUUUGCCCUGACUACGCUUAGGAAUUUUGGUAUGGGAAAGAGAAGCAUAGAAGAACGUAUUCAAGAAGAAGCUCACUUUCUAUUGGAGGAAUUUCGAAACACAAAGCAGAAUCCCUUUGAUCCAACCUUCUUCCUAAGUCGAGCUGUCUCCAAUGUCAUCUGCUCCAUCGUGUUUGGUAAUCGGUUUGAAUAUGAUGAUAAGAAAUUCCUGACGCUUCUUGAACUCAUCAAUGACAACUUUCGGAUCAUGAGCUCUCCCUGGGGAACGUUAUACAACAUAUUCCCAGGAUUCAUGGAUUAUCUGCCAGGGCCACACCAUCGUAUCUUCAGGAAUUUUGAAAAAAUGAAGACCUUUGUGAUGGAGCACCUAAAGAAACACGAGGAGACCUUUCAGCCAGACUGUCCUAGAGACCUGAUAGACUGUUUCCUAACUAGGAUGAAAAAGGAGAAAGAUGACCCAGAGAGCAACUUCACCAUGGACACCAUGGUAAUGACCACACUCAACUUGUUUUUUGGAGGAACAGAGACCGUCAGCACAACCCUGAGAUAUGGAAUUCUUAUUCUGAUGAAGUAUCCACACAUUACUGAGAAAGUUCAUCAGGAGAUAGACAAAGUGAUUGGAAGGAACCGGUGCCCCGCAGUUGAAGAUCGGAGUAAAAUGCCAUAUACGGAUGCCGUUAUACAUGAAAUACAACGUUUUACCAGCAUCAUCCCCCUGAGCCUGCCGCAUUGUGUCAUACGAGACACUGACUUCAGAGGAUACUUCCUACCACAGGGCACAGAAGUCAUCCCGGUGCUCACCUCGGUUCACACUGAUCCUGAGAAAUUCAAAGAGCCUCACACCUUCAACCCCGACAACUUCUUGGAUGAGAAUCAUCGUUUCAAGGCUAACGAUGCGUUCAUGCCGUUCUCCACAGGUAAACGGAUCUGCCUGGGGGAAAGUCUGGCCCGCAUGGAACUCUUCCUAUUCUUUACCACUUUCCUGCAAAACUUUAUUUUCAAGCCAACAACCCAUCCAGAUAUGAUUGACCUCACCCCAUCAACCAGUGGAGCUGGCAAUCUUCCCCCUAUUUAUGAGCUUAGUGUUAUUGCUCGCUAGAUUAGCCUGUUUGGCUUUAGUCUCCCAAUUUCGGAGACAAAAUGCAAUGAACUCUAUUAACCAGCAGAGGGCAGCAGAGUAGUGUUUUCAUUUAAAGAAAAAUAUUGGCUAGGUUGUAUGAACUGACAAUUCAAAAAGUAAAGGCUGCUUGGACAAAAUAAACUUCAAAAGUCCUCAGUGUUGUGGUGCAAUAUCAUUGUUGAUCUUCAGACCCUGAAUUCAUUGAUUAUAUUUCCCAAAUGGAGUUCAUAACUGUAACACAGAAAUUCAAGGGCAACAACUAAACAACAUCUGUAAAUUGCCAUUUUGGAACGCAAACUGUCAAGGAUGCACAUAGGUGUUUUUUGAUCGCUACCUGGUUACAGAAAAGCAAAUCCCCACUUGUGUACUCGUGAUAAAUACAUUUGCAAUAAGCAAUUAAACCAAUUUUGCAAUUAACAAUUUAAAAAACUGAUUAUCUCAAAUUAUGUGAAAUAAAGAAUGAAUAAAUACAUAAAUAAACACGUGUCAUUCAUAAAUUA